UCUCUAUAAGCGGGCUGACAUGGAAGGCCUUCGGCGGAAACUAAAGGAGCGCUUUGAGCAAUUUGAAGCAUCCCGUCCUGAAACAAAGUCUAUUCGAGCAAAUUGGGAUCAGUUUAAAGCAGACUUUUAUAACUCCAUUGACGAGUUCAUACCACAGCGAACACUCAAGAACAAAAGUUCUCUCCCAUGGUGCAAUGCAAACAUCAGGCGUCUCAUCCGUAAAAAGCAGCGAUGUUAUAACUCUGCAUGUCGCAACGCAGAGGAACAAGUUUGGCGUAGAUUUAGGCAUCUCAGUAAGCUGGUACAUAAAGAACUACAGCUCGCACACCAGCAAUAUGUAAACAAUUUAUUAGACAUUGAUGAGGCCGACCCUGUUCACGACCAUGCCAAGGCAGGUGUCACCAAGCACUUCUGAAAAUACAUUAACGCUAAACGUAGAGACUCCGCUGGAAUAGCUAUCUUGAAAUCACAUGGCAAGGAAUUCACCAAACCCAAGGAGAAAGCAGACAUCCUGAACGAACAAUAUAACAGUGUAAUUCACACUUGAGGAUCCAGUUCUACCUCAACUACCCAAUAGCCCCUACCCAGACAUGCCCAAUAUCCACAUUGACAACAAUGGUGUAAUUAAACUGCUCAGCGGACUGAAUCCAUCUAAAGCAAAUGGCCCUGACUUACUACCUACGCGCGUCUUAAAGGAAGCGGCAACAGAGAGAGCUCCUUACCUAAGUUUUAUCUUCCAACAAUCCAUCAACACUGGUGAGGUGCCACCGGACUGGAAGCAUGCCAAUGUUGUAACAAUAUUUAAGAAAGGUUCAAGGUCAGAGGCUGCCAAUUACAGGCCCCUCUCUUUAACUUCAGUGCCAGGCAAGCUGUUAGAACACAUUAUUUAUCGCAGUAUUAUGAUACAUUUAAACUCUUUUGACAUCCUGCUGGAUGCCCAACAUGGUUUCCGUCCCGGGCGCUCAUGUGAAAUGCUACUUAUCAAUACCGUAGAGCAUCUAGCCCGGUCAGUAAAUGAUAGAAACCAUACUGAUCUUUUGAUCUUAGACUUUUCAAAACGCCUUCGAUAGAGUAGCAUACAAACGUCUGUUAGUUAAAUUAGAGUACUAUGGCAUUCGUGAUUUAGUCUUAGCCUGGAUAAAGGCAUGGCCAAUAGCAAGAACUCAACAGGUGGCCCUUCCAGGCGAGUUCAGUGAGAAGUCUUGCGUGAGAUCUGGAGUCCCUCAAGGAACCCUGUUGGGUCCCUUGUGCUUCUUGUUAUUCGUUAAUGAUAUAGGUAAUGAUAUUACCUCAAAUAUUAAGUUAUUUGCUGAUGACACCCUGUUGUAUGGUCUGGUACACUAUUCCGACGAUGCCAUCAAUUUCUCAAUCUGAUCUGGACAAAUUAGUUGAAUGGGCAAAGUUGUGGCAAAUGGCCUUCAAUCCAUUGAAGUGUUACGUUCUACGCGUUUGCAGAACCAAGUGUCCCUUUAUACACCCAUACACUAUGCUUGGCCAUACCCUACAGGCUGUAGACCACUAUCCUUACCUGGGAGUUUCUCUGUCAGAGAAUCUAAACUGGAAGCCACAUAUCCUAAACAUUACAAACAAAGUCAAUUCGACACUUGGCUUUGUCAAGAGGAACUUGCAUCAUUGCUCACAGAAAGUUAAAGAUCAGGCCUACAAAUCGCUAGUGAGACCAAGGUUGGAAUAUGGUUGUACUGUUUGGGACCCUUAUAGAGCAUAUCAGAAAUCAUGGCUUGAAGAGGUCCAGCGCAGGGCAACACGCUUCGUAACAAGAACUUACACGAGGGGGGCGGGAUGCGUAACCAACGCCCUAAAGCUACUAAAUUGGCCAACUGUCGAAAAGAGAAGACAAGUAGCGAGGCUAACACUGAUGUACAAAUGUGUUACCAACCAAGCCGCUAUUGAUACCCCCAGCUAUGUACAUCAUCAGUCUUCCCUAAAAACCAGAGCAUCUCAUCCACUGAAAUUUAUCCCACUUCAGCCAUCCUGUGACACGUACAAAUACAGCUUCUGGCCGAGAACCAUCAUUGACUGGAAUAGCCUGCCAUCUGAUUAUUUAACAAUGGAUUCAACUUCAAAAUUUAAAGCCACCAUCUCUGACUACAUUUUUUCAUUGUGAUGUUUACCCCUUUCGAUUUAUUGUAUUUUUAUUUUUAUAUUUCCUAGUAGUAGUGCUUUAGUUUUUAGUGAGGAGCUUGCGAAUAUGUCUGUCAUAGAUGUUGCAAGAUGAUAUAUGUAAAUGGUAUAAUUGCCCAUUUUUAACGGAUUUUUUUUACCCUAAAAAGGUCACCUAGAAUUUUCGGGAGCCUUUUUUGUGGCUGAAAUUUUCGAAAAGGCAAGUUUUGAUCCUUAUAAUUUUCGGAUCACUAGACUUUCAGCUAGGUAAUCCGAACAGAUGAAAAAUUUUUGGGGGAUAAAAAUAUGCCUAUAUGUACCGUUUAAAUACUAAAAUACAUUUAACAAUGCUAUGUUUAAGUGGUUUUGAACUAUAUUCUCGUUGGGUGCCCCUGACAGACCCUCUAUUUUCUCUUCAAAGUCCGUCGAGCACGCGUGAUAAAAGAUAAACCGCGGGGGAUUUAUUGACCGCCAGCGUCAAGGGGUAGGGUGGGGGAAGAAGAAAAUAGACGCUCCGCGCUCGCUCCAGCCCGUUCGCUUCGCUCGCGUGCUCGCCUCGCUCUCGCGCACGCCAAUGUUCUCCAAAAGAACGAAAAGAAAAAUAAAACGUCUGUGUACAGGCUAAACAUAUCGCUUGAGGAGUAUCUGCAAGGAAAAACACUUGUUUUUGAAACCGUGCAGAGAAAUAGGCCAAAGGUUUGUAGAAAGUCUACGAGGAGGUGAUCAUGUUUAGAACUUAGGAAAAUUUUGAAUGAAUAAUAAAACAAUUUUUGAAUUCAGCUUUCGUAGGAUGUGAAGAAUUAUGCAGGCCGAGAUGGAUAACAUCCUCAUGGAUCUGCAUAAUUCUUCACAUCCUACUCAGCCUCAUUCAAUAAUUGCUAAAUGUUUUCCCUCCCCAAUUUUGCAUAAGCAGUGUUUUCAAUUCUCUAGGGUCUUGCAAUCGUCACAAGAGAAAUCAGGAAGCAGGCUUAUUCAUAAUUUUCGAGGAAAAACCAGACUUGUAUUGCAAGUCUUACAAACCCCCCAAAGGCAAAAAAUAUGAGAUUCUGAACCUAGAGCUGGGAAAAGUAGUGAGAAAUGCCGGGUAAAAAGUCAUGAGAUGUCCCAAAUUUCCUAGUAAAAGGACUUUCAGUGGAGACUAUGGGUAUUGGAAGUCACUAUAUCGCUUUAAAGCUGAAGCAGUAAACAUCACGAUCAAUUUUACGAUUUAGGUUUUGUAAUUUCUAUGUUUGGUGCCAUCUUGAAAAAAGCGAAACAGGAAGUCCAAGUCUGCACAUUUGUUGGCAGCGGCAAGUCGCGGUAGGCUAAAAGAAUAAGGACCUUAAAAAAAAAAAAAGGUUAAAGGCAUGUUUAUAGUGGAAGGUGCUUGCACUUAGCUAGUCAGCUAAUUUACAGGCACUCCACUCAAAUAUUUAGAAACAAAUAAUUCAAAUACAACAUAACAGGAUUAAAAACCCCAACUGGCAGAAGGCAACCAGUUGGCUAUUUACAAGCGUGGUCGAGAAUUUAAACUCGGGACGACCGAGCACAAAUCCAGCAAGUGGCCAAAACGGGACUCGAACCCGGGACCGCCGGAUUGCGAGUCAUCCUCCUUAAGAUCCAACGACGGCGACGGCAACGGGAACGCCACAAACGCAAUAGGUUUAAUAACCAAAACAACAAUUUUGCAUCAUCACGCUUUUUUGUUCAUUUCUUUGCCAUCACUGCACGACUACGACGUGAAAAUGCUUAACUUCACGUUGUACAGAGGAAGUACACAAGCGACGACAAAAUUUCCUCCCUCUUUCUGAACUUGGAUAUGGUUCUUACAAAUUCAACUUUAGGAGGGUUCGCCUACAUUUAACAAAGUUAGUGACUUGGAGUAACCGCGAAGAAGAUUGAAAGAACGCGAAUUCACUUUUUCAGUGACGUUUUCUCUGCUGUCGCCGUCCUCGGAUCCUAAGGUCCCUAAUGUAAUCAAAUGCGACCGCUAAGCGUUUUCGUUGGGUUGAGCUUGCUAUCUAUCGACAUCUAACUUGGAAACGAACCCAACAGCCCAAACAUUUUUGGAGUUUGACUUUUCGAGAAAGCGUUAGAAAUCAGUUACCAAUCAGUGCGAGCGUGAGACAGGUCCUAAAAUCGUGAGACUCACGACGAAGUCUGAAAAACAAAGAGUUUUAUGGCUAUUAUUGAAUAAGGCCUUUUCUACAUUUUCAACCAAGUGACAAGGCGGCCAUGUUAAUUGAAAAAACAUAACUUUUUUCGUAGAAUUUUUCGUAGAAUCUUCCUGAAGAAAAGAUUUGUUUUCAGCGCGGGGAAGCGCUUUUCUUCUUGUCCACCAACAUGGCCGCAGUGAGGUCAGCUGCAAACCAGUAAUUUGUUAACUAGGCUCUCUUUUUUUGUUUAUGUUCUGAAAUCUUUGGACCGUCAUUCGGAUUCAGUUUUGUUUUUUUCGCACAAUUUGCUCCAAACAUUAAAGAGAAGCCAGCUUACCUAGUAGCUAUUGUCGGUUAUUUUUUAAGCUUGCAAUGUUCUAUUUCGAAUAUGGUCUGGAAUUGUCAUAGGAUAAACAAUCAAAAUUGAUGAAAGUUGCUGAGCAGUAAGUAUUUUUCUUUGAAGCUACAUCCAAGACCACAUUUGCCCCAACUAAAAUGUUGGAGGAAUUUACCAAAACGUCCACUCAUAUACAUUCAUUUCACAUACUUUUAUGUGAUCCUCUUUUUUGUAAGGCUGUUGUAACCUCACAUUUCUAAUACUUUCCAAAGUUCCUUUAGCCAUUCAGCAAGAAAAGGUGAUUCACAUCCACACAGAUUUGAAGGUGAGGAAUUACGUUGGUGCGAUGGGAGUCGACGUCUGGGACAAAAAUGAAUGGGAAAAAGAGUUCAGUGAAAACAGUGUUUUGGUCAUGACCGCGCAGAUUUUUCUCAACCUUCUACUCCAUGGUUACAUCAAACUUUCACAAGUGAAUCUUCUGAUCUUUGAUGAAUGCCAUCAUGCCAAGAAGAGUCAUCCAUACAAGCAGAUCACGGAGUUUUUUGGAGACUGCGAAAAAACCGACUGUCCAAAGAUCAUGGGUCUAACAGCAUCAGUAAUAAAUAAAAAUUUAAAGCAAUUGAACAUUGAAUCAGAAAUACGAAAGCUGGAAUGCACACUGAGGUCAACGUGUGAGACAAGCCAAGAUGAAGAAGUUGGGAGGUUUGCUGCAAAACCAAAGGAGAUGGUCAUAAAAUUUUCAAAUGCCACCUCCAUUGAAGACAGCACAAACGUUUUGCUUCAGAUACUUCAAGAUAUUUUAAAUCCAGGCAGGGAGUUUCUUGGUGACUUUCUAAUUAAUAAGGAGGAUCACGACAGUUCAUUACAGAAAGCUCUCAAGUUUGCAAAGCGUGCACUGCGAGAAUGCCAAGAGACUCUGAAAGAAUUAGGUCCCUGGGCUGCCAACAAAGUUGCAGGAUGCUUAAUCAAGGAUCUAGCAGGUAUGGUCUUCAGUGUGUAACUAGGCUUGAUAUUUUCUGAAUAAAUAAGGAAAAUUUAAAAACACAAUUGGGACCUUAAAAAGUGCCAAGGUUGACUUCCCUAACAAAUGCAAGUAGUCACAUUACUACUAUCAGACACAGCUCAACCCAUCUUGAAGCCUCAUCUCAAAACAAUGCCGCACUCUCACAAAAUAGUGCUCAUUUGGGUGAUGCAGGUUUAAAAGUUUUCUUUUUCUUUAAGUUAGGUAAAAAGGUUUACUGCCAUCCGUUAAAAUAAUAUUCAUGUUGUCACACUAGUAUUAAUGAGAUGGUUGAAUGGUCAUUGCAAACUUAGAUACCUAACGUUUUCAGGGAAAAAGAGAUCUCUAAAACCAUACGCAACAAUUGUAUUUUUUGCCAGACAAUCCAAUGAACAUUUUGUUCCACUAACCAGCUGUACCCUCUUGAAAUAAAGCGUGGUUAGUUCCCAGGGAAAAGAAAAGAGUGGGGAAACCAAAAUAAAAGGAGCAUAUCAACUCAAAAUUUUGCCUUUUAGCUGCACUUAUCCGAACUUUGAAAGCUAUAAUUUCGCUUCAGAAACAAAAGUGAGCAUUAAGUGCUCGACUUGUGAAUAAUAAUUGGGUGGUUUUACUUCAGUAAGGACAGAAAAUGACCAGAACACGUCUUGACCAGCUUAUUUCGAACAGAAUUCUUAAUUUGGCAAAAUGUCAGGGACAGAUUUACAUUGACAGUAAGAUUGGACCCUGCGCUCUGUUGUAUUAGCCGUACAACGCCAACGUGGUUAGAGUAUUCAAAAACUAAAUCAACCCAUAAAUGUGACCCUUGAUUCAUUUCCAUGGAAAUGAUGUCAGUUUAUCUGUUUUAUGUUUGCCACUGCUCACAUGCAUGAAUCACUUUAGCAUGGCUAAUUUUUGUUGCAAAUAUUUUUUCCGAAGCUAGGAAAGGUAAGUCCUAACCUACUUACGACUCUUUAGUAAUUAACCACACUGAAUCAUAACAACAACAAAAAUAAGGGUAAAAUUAGUCAAAUGUCUGACUCCAAAACUUUCAUAGACAGAGCGCACAUAUUUGAUGCCAGCAAGGAAGGACGAAUGUUUUGUGAGUUUAGUGCAACUCAGCUGCGACUACUACAAAGUGUUUAUCACAAUUACACAUCUACUGGCAGUGAAGAUACUGGCAACACUAAAGAGUUUUACAUCAUGCCUAAACUACAGAGGCUGUUGUCUCUUUUAAGCGAAUGUGGGAAUUCACAAAACAGUGGUAAGAGUUUGAAAGGUAAUCGCAUACUUGCAACAUACAUCUAAAACAUCCCUAAUAUAUUUGUCAUCUUAAAAUAUACGGUUCCGCCCUUUUGAAAGAAACAAAAUCUUGUUGAUAUCUGACACGUAACUCGUAUUUGAGGCAAAGGAAAUCCUGAAAAAUUACCUACCCUAACCCUUCACAAUCUCAGUCUCUUCCCUUAACCCUGCCCUCACCAUUAAAAGGCAAGCUCAUGUUGUACCCCAUCCACCAUUUGAGGCCUUCUUCAAAACAAGGUUGUAUUUGAUAUCAUUUGGUAGGAUUUGCUCAAGUGAUCUAUACACGUGGUAGAUUUUCUAAAUCACUCGUAUUUCGUAGAUUGUAGGUUGAGUCCAUCAUAUUAGGUUUCAAAAGUUUGUUGUAUAAGGUUGCUAUAAUUUGGGAAAUGAUAGAAAUGCCAUUGAUGGUAUUUUGUGAAAUAUGGAAGGAGCUUAAUAGUCCUUGGCUCCUUAGCCCACAAUUUCUACUUACGCUUCACCGCCAAGAAUAAAUCUCCAAUCUAUUUACCAUGGGUUUGAAGAAGCAACUUGUGAUCGACUCUGAAUCUGCUUCCAAGUAAAAAGAACAGAGCUCUUCAACAACGCUGACGCUAAAUAAUUGGCGUAACAACAUUAAUAUCAAUGUUAAAUGAAUAUUAAUUAUGUUAUUAAUUUUUCUACAGAGGACGAGUUCUGUGGCAUAGUGUUUGUAGAAAAGCGAUACACAGCUCUGGUACUUAGUGAGCUGAUCAACGAUGCUGCAGACUUACAUCCUGAGCUCUCCUUCAUCAAAUGCAACUUUGUGGUUGGACAUGGCACCGUUGGAAAGGCUUAUCACUCCAAUGAAACAGAAAUGGAUUGCAAGAAGCAAAAGGAGGUUCUGAGGCAGUUUAGGCGACAUAAAUUCAACCUUCUGAUUGCCACUUUGUGUAGUCGAGGAAGGAAUAGACAUUCCAAAGUGUAACGUCGUUUGUCGGUUUGAUUUUCCAAAGACCUUCCGCUCUUAUGUCCAGUCAAAGGGUCGUGCUCGAGCAAAGGAUUCCAGCUAUUAUAUCUUUGUAGAUGAAGAGGAGUAUGAGAAAAAAACAGACGAAUUACAGGUAGAUAAUCAGUUUUCAAAGGCAACAUGAAUGUGACUAUUCUGAUGAUUCUGAGUGUUCUUACGAUGUAAAAAUACGUCGCGCAUACAACGGUUUUUUGUUUCCUUUAGCCUGCGUGGAAGGCUCAUAUAGGGAAAGGGAAAGGGGCAGUUAAGGUUUUCGAGAACAUCGUGUUCUCGUGCGCCUUAAUUCCCGUCCAUAAUUCCAAGCAAAAGAAGUGGUAACAAGUCAUCGUCUUCCUUAUUGAUUUCUGCUGCAUGAAACGUAAGGCUUACCGAUUCAGGGAUAUCGGUGGGUGGACUGGGUACUCUUUCGGGUACAAAAAAAUAUUAACGUUUUCCAUAAAACUUAAACGGAAAACCGUGAGGACGUUACAGUAAACGAGCGGCUUAAUAUAAAACUGUGUUUAUAGUCUCAAAAUGUUUUAGAAUAACAAAAAUAAAAAAGUAUAUCCCCUUUUCUGAGACUAAUAAUCAGCUUAAGGUAACAGAGUAUUGCUCUAAAUCUGUCAGGCAAUGACUGAAUUUGAGGAGUACCUAUCGAAGAUGUGUCAUGGCCGUGCUGAACCUACUAAGGAGGAGUGUGACGAGGUAGCGGACGCGGACACUUUCUUAUCUCCUUACAUCCUUGGUCAAGGAGCAAGAGUCACUAUGAACAGCAGUGUUUCCCUCCUAUCCAGGUAACAACAGCUUUCUCUGCUCAGUCUCAGGCGCAGAAACGUUCCAGCAUUCUCUUAUGUCAGCAGCACCAUUUCCAAAGCUUCUGCGAUUCCGGUAAACAUUCGAUAAACACGCUUAGGAAUAGAAGUGCUGGGGAAAAAAAUGAUUCUUCAAGCAGCCAACCUUUGUGUCAAUGCCUCUGCGUGCAUUUUUCUCGUUUUAUUACGUUGAACUACAUUGUUUCAAUCUUUGUGUCCAUCUCUGUUCUUCAGGUACUGUUCAAAGCUGCCAGGUGACAGAUUCACUUGUCUCAACCCAGUUUAUAAGAUCGAAGACAAUGGAAAAGAUUUUUACAGGUGUAGAUUGGAACUACCAAUUAACUGCCAACUGCGUGAAACUAUAUAUGUAAGUGUAAAUUAAACCAUUACUCUGACUCUAAUUUAAGUUUAUUGAGUGUAUAUAAUCAAAGCUACCUAGAGAGAUGUCAUCGGACUAGUCCCAAAACAGUCCUUUUUUGUGGUACACCUGUUUAACACUACUAAUUACUUGGGCAGAGCGCCAAGUAAAGGACUCGCGACCCUCAAGAAUUUCCUAAAGUUGCUUUUCUUGGGCAAGCAAAUUCAGAGAGUUUUCGGUUUGAGUUAGUUAUUUGACGAAGUGAGAGCGGAAUUUGUUCAAGAUAUCUCGAGAUCACUUCGAAUUCUUAAUUUAUUUGAGAAAGAAAUAAUUAACCACUUAGUGUGAGGAAAUAAUUAUCAUUUUUGGCUCUCCCUGGGUUUAAACCGACUCACCUGCGACGCGUCAGAUCUAAGUUGAGGGAUUAGCCGAUUGCGCGACUGCGACCCAAGGUAGUUUGUAAUGUGAAAAAUAGCUAUAAAAUCAUGCACUAGUUACUUGGGCGGAAUGCCAAGUAAAGGAUUCGCGACGCUCAGAAAUGUCUCAAAGUUGCUUACCAAGUGAGGUCAGAAUUACUUCGAGAUGCCUCGAGAUCGGCUCGAGUUCUUUCGGCCCUAAUAGAUAUUUAAAUAUAUUCGAGGAAUAAAUAACUUUUUUAUCUUGGCUUUUUUAUACCCGGUGUUUGAACCGACUCACCCGCGAUCUGUCAGAUCAGAUCUGAGUUGACGGAUUACCCGAUUGCGCCACCGCGACCUGGUGUAGUUUGUCCACUGGUGAGUUUCUUGCGGGAAAUGGAAGAAAAGGGACAAAAAUAAUCGCUUGGCUCAAUUGAAAAUGAUUGAAACGGUAAAAUGUUUUAAAACGGAGCAAGUGGUGAAAAUUACUUUGUUUGCCGCUAUCUUGACUUCUGGUUUUGUUAAUUUAAACGAUGGCCACAACGGCUACAGGCGUUGGUUCGCUUGCUUCAAAGAUCGAUCAUUUGUGGUCUUCUGAAAUUAUCAAGGAAAGGCUUUGAAGUUUUUGUUGUUGUUUGCAUCGUAUACAUCCAGUGUGCAUCGAAUUUACCGUCGCGUCGUUCGAAGGCCAAAAAUGAAGUGGGCAACCAUCCAAGUCAUAACGCAAUUGUAACCGCUGACCUCCACGUAGCCAAAACUUAGGAUAUUGCAGUUUCGUUUUCCCAUGUAGUUCGACGUGAUGCUUUUGGAUAUCUUGAGCAAUCUUUUGAGUUUUCUAUCUUUUUUCCUCAUUUUACUAGGCACAGCUUUCAUUAAAUUUGAAAAUUCGAGCUAUUUACAUAUCAAGCAACGUCCACUAUGGCUACAGGUCUCAGUCACACGUGCCUGACACAAAAAAUCCUCACUUAUGCGUGAUACCACGACGCCCAAGUGUACGCUCCGAUAGCGUCUUGUUUUUUCAUUGCAUUUGAAAACAGACGUUAACGUUGACGAGAUUGAUUUCAAAUGCAACAUUUUUGGUGCAAUUAUGCCGCAAGUUUUUUUAAUCAUCGCUAUAAAAGAGAUCGCGAUAACCUAAAUAAAAUUGGACAAUUUAUUUCCUAACAGAGCGUUCCGAUGCCACGAAAAAACCUGGCUAAAAUGGCCGCCGCUCUCGAAGCCUGCAAAAAACUUCACGAGAUUGGUGAGCUUGAUGAUAAUCUGUUACCAGUGCGCAGUUUAUCAGACGAGGAAAGUGAAUUGGAGGACGAAGACGAAGGGGUUAGUGGAAAGAAGAGAAAGAAAGGAGGACCAAAGAAACAAAUGCGAGUUUAUGAAAGAAAGGUAAAGGCAAAGAUCCAGUUUUUAACAUGUACUGACAAAGACCAGCACCAUCGCCGGGCAGGUCAUUCAUGCGGUCCAAAAACACUUUGUUGGAUAGCAAGAAUUGCACUCUCAAGUCACUCGAACAAAACAAACAAACAAUACUAACAUUGUUUCGAGUGGUGAAGUACGUUCUUUGUUCGUCUUGUCUUAUGUGCAUUUCUAGUUUUCCGGCUAGGCGUUUUUGUGCAAUCUGAAUGACUAGCUGCGAAGGACCUAUUGGUUGUGAUGCAAUCAAUCUAGCCCCAGGCGCAUAACAAAUAUGGCGCAUGAGAUAAGCGAUGCUUGUUUGACUCAACCUCCUCCCUAGCGAUCACUGCUCUUGCUCCAGUUACAAUGGUUAAGAGUAAGGAUUGAGAAGAGAAGAAGAAUAAGAAGAUUAAGAUUAAGAUUGAUACCAAGAUGUAAAUCAGAUACCUGGUACCUCAUCGUGUAGGGACCGAGUUGCUCGAACACACCCCUACACUUACAUACAAUGUCAUUCUCAUAAGUACAUGUUGAGUGCCACGAUAUGACUUACGUCUUUGAUAUGCGCACUAUACAACUCUUUUAUUCAUUUUCACUUAACUAGGUCCCUCAGGUAUUCAGAGGUAGCUUGCCACAGGAGAAUCAGUCCCAGUACCUCACGGCUAUCACUAUGACUAUCACCAAACUCACCAGCCGCCANCCGGGCAGGUCAUUCAUGCGGUCCAAAAACACUUUGUUGGAUAGCAAGAAUUGCACUCUCAAGUCACUCGAACAAAACAAACAAACAAUACUAACAUUGUUUCGAGUGGUGAAGUACGUUCUUUGUUCGUCUUGUCUUAUGUGCAUUUCUAGUUUUCCGGCUAGGCGUUUUUGUGCAAUCUGAAUGACUAGCUGCGAAGGACCUAUUGGUUGUGAUGCAAUCAAUCUAGCCCCAGGCGCAUAACAAAUAUGGCGCAUGAGAUAAGCGAUGCUUGUUUGACUCAACCUCCUCCCUAGCGAUCACUGCUCUUGCUCCAGUUACAAUGGUUAAGAGUAAGGAUUGAGAAGAGAAGAAGAAUAAGAAGAUUAAGAUUAAGAUUGAUACCAAGAUGUAAAUCAGAUACCUGGUACCUCAUCGUGUAGGGACCGAGUUGCUCGAACACACCCCUACACUUACAUACAAUGUCAUUCUCAUAAGUACAUGUUGAGUGCCACGAUAUGACUUACGUCUUUGAUAUGCGCACUAUACAACUCUUUUAUUCAUUUUCACUUAACUAGGUCCCUCAGGUAUUCAGAGGUAGCUUGCCACAGGAGAAUCAGUCCCAGUACCUCACGGCUAUCACUAUGACUAUCACCAAACUCACCAGCCGCCAGGGUCUUGAUGUGAGCCAGCGAUACUUUAAAGAUGGUGUCUGCCACCUGUUUGGUUUAUUGACAAAUUUUCCAAUUCCAGAGGUGAGUUAUAAUUCAGUCACUCUGUAACUCCGGAAUAUAAUUUUUCCUUGAGAUAUUAAUUCUUUGAUUUUCGUUUGGUAACACGUUCAUUCUUCAGGGUGUGAUGAGGUUUGUUAAGAGUUUUGUGCAUACUAUUCAUCCUCGAGAGUGUCAGAAAAGUCUGAAAAAAAUUUCAUUUUCGAAAAUAAAGGUUAAUAAAUAGCAUUGCGGGGAAAAUGUUUCAUUUGAACGGUCACAGUCUAGGUUUCCUUCUACAGAAGUAGGAAUAACAACUUAACUUAAUUCAACACCUUCACAGUUUAAAACUGUGAAUAAAAUAGAGAACCGAAGUUAUUACCAUGUGCUUCUUUAGACAAAAUACUGACCCUGAAUCUGAUAGGUGAAAAAACUUGAUUUUGAUUGAUCAUUGAUUGAUUAAUUGAUCGAUGAGCCCUUUGCAGCUGGUCAUUCACGUGGUACAAAAAACGCCUUGCUGGAGGGCAAGAAAUCCACUGGGAAAAUACAAGCAAAGAGCUUCCAUAAGUAGAUAAAAUAUGAUCGUCCGGGGGAGUGUAAUCCUGAAAUGGAAUGUUGUUAAAAGUAGUUGGCAGGUGCAAGUCAUCAUAAAACUCAAAGUGAGUUGUUUACUGUCCGUUGAUGGUAUUAAAAUCUGGUCAUUGGCCUAAUAGCCUUAAUUUCAAAUAGUAAAUCCCUUUGUCUGCUUUGUGCCAGUCGUUUCUUGUUCUCCAGGAAGAAACCGCGUGACUAACCAGCUCAUUAACGAUUGAUUAAAUCUACAGCUAAGAUCAUUCAAGCUUUAUCCCGACUACGGGGAGGUCAGAAUAACAUUGAAAUGUCACAAGUCACUGCUGAACGCACCGAUUGCAAGACAAGACUUGAAAACUGUUCAAAAAUUUCACUGUUUCUUGUUCAGCCAAGUUCUUUGCGAGCCCGUGGAACUCAGACCCAAAGGGUCCGACGGCAGUACAGAUGGUUAUUUUGUAGUUCUGACAAAAAGUGAUGGAUUUGACGUGGACUAUGAUUCUAUGCGCCAUACGUUAACAAGGCAAACUUCACAGGAGUGGUCAACCGGUGAAUCCAGCAAGAUUGACGUUGAUAUGGUGGUCUCGAAAAAUUACACGGAGUCUCGACAAAAAUUUGCGGUUUUAAGAGUGCGCCAUGAUUUGAGUCCUACGUCUCCCUUCCCAGACAAAUCCAAAGCCAAGACGUAUGAAGGCUACUUCCAGAAGCAUUACGGAAAGUCUUUUACAACCAUGGAACAGCCUCUCAUUGAAGUAAAAGGCAUUUCCGAAAGGGUGAAUUUCCUGGUGAACAGAAAGGUGGCAGCCAAGAGUAAGAGCGACGGUAUUGGUCUUUUCCCCGAACUAUGCAACGUACUGCCUAUUUCUGCUUCCCUUCUCGGUGUGUCUCUGAUGCUGCCCUCAAUUUUACAUCGUGUGAACGCGCUUCUGCUUGUUGGUGAUGUCAAGGAAAUGGUCGCUGGAGUGCGUGACGACAGAGGUGAAUCUUCACUCCCCUCAAUUGGUGCUGGUGAUUCUCGCGAUGAAGAGAGUUUACUCCGUACUAAUAAGGACAGCUUCACAUCAAAGAUGGACGUGGGUCAUGAGGAUUAUAGCGAUGACAGUGAUGACGAUGUUGAUGACUUUCCAGCGCUGUUUUCAGACUUAAAAAAACUGUUCAGUGGAAAAAGAGCUGCUGUUCAUCCCGACUCCGCGUUUGUGCUUCAAGCUUUGACCACCACCCACAGUAAAGACGCCUUUAAUCUAGAAAGACUUGAGAUGCUCGGAGACACUUUCUUAAAGCUGGCAGUUUCACUUCACCUCUAUUGCACUUACCGCGAAAAAGGUGAAGGGAAACUAACGCAGCGCAAGAUAAGACAGAUAAGCAAUUUGGCGCUGUUUCGAGCAGCUAAAAAGACAUCUCUAUCAGGGUUCCAACAGAGCACGGAACUUGCACGUGAUGUGUGGUGUCCCACGGGAUGUCAGAAAAGUAGCGACGAAUCGGGUGUUACAGCAAUGGAAGUCGUUGAGGUGAGGGAUAAUUCAGAACCUCCCGAAAAAGAAGUAGAUGAUGCCGGCAACACGGAAGAUCAGGGCUUAGGAAGCAGACGAGACAAGGCUAACACUCAGGAGAUAGCAGACAAGUCUGUUGCUGACAGCAUGGAAGCUCUCAUUGGAGCGUAUUUGAUCUGCUGUGGUUACACCGGAGCACUACGCUUUAUGAAGUUCCUGGGUCUAAAGGUUCUCCCUGGCGAUGAUAAAGCGGACAUUUGUGAGCUCGCUAAAAAUAGAAGAAAAGGGUGUUAUGCAGUAUUUUGGCCUCAGGAAGAAAACAACUCAGGAGCUAACCAAAGCCAAGAUAUCAGAGAUAUGCCGUCACGGAUGGUCUCUGGGUUGGGGAAUUUUGAGAACACUAUUAAGUACAAUUUUAAUUCCAUAUCGUAUCUGGUGGAAGCUUUGACACACGCAUCGUAUCAGGCUAACCGAAUCACGCCCUGUUAUCAAAGACUGGAGUUCCUUGGAGACGCCUUGUUGGAUUUCCUGGUAACACAACAUAUAUACUUCCGUCAAGAAAACUUGUCUCCUGGUGAGCUGACGGAUAUUCGCCAGGCNAACACAACAUAUAUACUUCCGUCAAGAAAACUUGUCUCCUGGUGAGCUGACGGAUAUUCGCCAGGCUUUGGUGAAUAAUAACAUCUUUGCAGCCAUUGCUGUGAAAUACGAGUAUAACAAGUAUUUGAAGCAGAUGUCUCCAGAAUUGUUUAAAUCCAUCGCAAAUUUUAUCACUAGACUGGAAGACGAGAAAGAAGAAAAUAUUGAUCUGGUAAGUAGAGCUUAUUACGCAAUGGUUAAUACUCAUCUCCAUACUCUAAAAUGAAGUUGACGCACCUUGAUUCAUGCACAAAGUAAUCCUCUACAAAGGAAGGAACCGCAUUGACUAUCAAUACUGAUUACGGUUAAGCAUUGACUCGAGAAACUGUUAGCUUCUAUUUCAUUCUUCAAAUAAAACCAAUGGUCGUCAGCAAAUCCUCAGUGGGGUAGUGGUAUAGGUGAUGAACUGCAGACACUACGCUCCGGGUUUGAUUCUUUCUUUCGCUCUUCUAAAUUUUUUUAUCCUUAUAAAUUGAAGAGACUUAGACUUUCAGGAACAUUUUAUCAAGGAGAAAUUUCACGAGAAAUUUCAUGUGGGAAAACGGAAAUGCUCACCGAAAAAAAAAUAUUUUCGGCUAAACGAAAUCAUGUAAUUGUCUUAGUGACUUGUGCAAAAACAUUUCUUCAUUGAUUAAACCCCCGCGUUAGCACGGUUGUUUAAAGUAAGGUCUCUUAUUUUCCCAUUACCGAGCGUUUCUGGGGAUGACUAUAGAGGCGAGAAGUGAUGACGUCACAAAAGCUAAAUUUGUGAAAUUAUGGGAGUGGUUGGCAUAUCUUGAAAGAAAAAGAUAAAAAAAUGCCAACGUGCUAAAAAUAAGUUUGUUGGUGCACAUUGGUGGGGAGAUGAUUUUAUAAAUCCCUCUAAACUAGGGUUGGAUCGUACGCGUUAUGAUCCAAGCCAAUCAGCUUUUUGAAAUUCGCUUUUCCAGACACUUUAAAGAACACUGGGUAACAGCUCGUGGCGCUACAAUUUAUGUAAUCGUUUGGGUAAUCAAUGUUAACUGUGAUAGGUACGAUGGUUUCCUUAGGUAACUCUUACCAAUCACAGCUUAUGUUAGCUGUCCAAAUAAUCCCAUUCAUCUUAGCUGGAAAAACAGGUCCCCGGCCCAAUUUUUUGGUCCGGGCAGUAAUGUUUCUUACAGAUACUACUGGCCCUUUUUUAUUAUUGUGGAGUGUCACUAUAAGUUACGGUAAAACGGGUAACAAAAAUGUGCAACUUGUUUUGCAACGUUGCUGCAAAACGCUUCGAAAAGCGAUGUUGCUGGUUUUACCACCCACGUUAAAACCUGUCUUGUAACAAAUCAGAUUCUCAGAUUCUCAGAUUCAGGUUGUUGCAAUGUGCGUGAAAACCGACCUCUGACUGAAUGAAAGAACGCGGGAGUGACGUCUCUGGUACAAAACAAGUUUGUCUUGAUCCAGUAAAACGCGCAACGUAUCUCUACAGUGAAACCUGUAUUAGGCGGACACCUACGGUACCUUCGCUGGUGUCCGCUAAAUACAGGUUCGUUUUACUUAAGAUAUUGGAAGAAAUGAGCUUUUCGUCUGCUGAGUACAGGGUGUCCACUUAAUACAGGUUUCACUUUAUCUGUUACAAGACAAGUUUGAUUCGAUGGUGGUUGAAAAUUAGCCUGCUUAGCAUGGCGGUUUUGUCGAGCGCACUACUGCAGUUUCACUACCCCCUCCUUGGCUUGUUUGCGCGCUCGACCAAAACCGCCAAGCUACGCAGGCUAGUUGACACUAGGUAUAGAGAAAAAGAGCUUGCUAAAGGUGACGAACGCUGGUAAUGGUUAAACGAGACUGAAAUAUCUAAAUGAAGAUAUUGCCGACGCAGUUGUAAUCGCAAUUUCAGUUAUUGCAAAUUAAGCCUGAAAAUAAUUCAGGACUUCAUUUGGAUUCUUAGGUAAACAUCUUUAUCCCGAAUUCCCUUGUUUAAAUUAUUGUGGUUCCGGAUGAAUCUUCAGGGUUAAUUUAGCAAAGGUUACGGGAAAAAGAUGGACGAAACGAUCUUUUUUUACAAUUAAUAGGGAAUUGCAGACCCAUUUAUCAUCGUAUCAGACGAAGAAGGGAUUGAAGCUCCCAAGGUCCUGGGUGAUAUUUUUGAGUCCGUGGCUGGUGCAGUGUUCUUAGACAGCGGUAUGGAUUUCACCAAGGUCUGGGGAGUGUACUACCGCAUGAUGCAACCUUACAUAGGUAUGACAUCAUUUUUCAAAGAUAGAUAA